GUCACACCACCUAGUCAACUACCCCCUCCACUUCUUCUUCUUCGGCUGUAAACAAUUUCAAAUUUGCAUUAUUCGCGAUUUCGGUGGCAAUCAUCCGCUAAAUUGCUCUACAAAAGAACGGCUAAAUUGAGUAAUUGCGGUGUGUACAAGUACAAGCGGAUGAACAAGAACUACAAAAUAAAACAACGUGCGGCAAACAACAUUUUUUGCGUUUUUGGAAGAGUGCCAAAAAACGGCAAGAAAAUAAAAAGUGAACAUUUGAACCGCAUUACGAGGCAGAAAAAGUGAAACGAACAGCUGGUGGAUCAGGUGCGUGCUCGAAACUGUAUCAUUUGGCUUUAAUUCGGCCCUAAGUAAACACCUUAAGUGAAAAUCUGGCCAAAAGCACAAGCAGCAACAACAAGGUGCAAUAAACCGGCAACAGCUGAAACUUACUGCUUACGUAAGCCAUCGCAUUUACAAGCAGUUAGGCAAGUCGAUCAACAGCCGAAAUGGCGCAGGUAUCAACGCAUAUCGAUGUGGACAAGCCCCUUUUCGACCUCAGCACCUUUGCUGGGCGCUUCCAGUACUUCGCCUGGAUGACGGAUCCCCGAACCGUAAUCCUAUCCAGCGAUCGUCUACUGCAAGCCAAAACCAUGGUGGAACGCUACCGAAAAGGUGAUCAAUCGCCGCAGGUGAAACCGGAGGAAGUGCAUUAUAACAUGAAGCUAUAUAGUUCCGCAUUUCAUCCGGAUUCUGGGGAACUGCAGAACUUUUGCGGCCGCAUGAGUUUUCAGGUGCCCGGUGGCAUGCUGAUCACCGGUGGCAUGUUGGCCUUCUAUCGGACGGUGCCCGCCGUGGUGCUCUGGCAGUUCAUCAAUCAGUCCUUCAACGCGGUGGUCAACUACACGAAUCGCAAUGCCAAUUCACCUACUAGUGUUACGCAGCUGGGAGUGGCAUAUGUAUCCGCCACAUCAUCAGCUCUGAUAGCCGCCAUUGGAUGCAAGAACUAUUGGUCGAAGAAAGCGAGUCCUCUGUUCCAAAGAUUUGUGCCAUUUGCAGCUGUGGCGGCGGCUAAUUUUGUCAACAUCCCAUUGAUGAGACAAAAUGAGAUACUCAAUGGCAUCGAGGUGAAGAACGAAGAAGGAGAGAUUGUGGGACAGAGUAGAUUGGCUGCCAUCAAGGGAAUAGGUGAAGUGGUCGUCUCCAGGAUAGCGAUGGCGGCGCCUGGAAUGCUGGUGCUGCCCCUGAUAAUGGAGAGGCUGGAAAAACUGCCUGCUUACAGGCGCAUCAAGUGGAUAAACGCUCCAUUCCAGACCCUGAUGGUUGGCUGUUUCUUAUGUUUCAUGGUCCCUACUGCCUGUGCCCUGUUUCCGCAACAGUGUUCCUUGGAUACCUCAACAAUGCGCACCUUUGAGCCUGAACUGUACCAGGAAAUUGAGAAGAAAACUGCGGGAAAUGUUCCCAAACGUGUCUACUUCAACAAGGGCCUGUAAGAUCGCCUUGAUAUUAACUAUGGAUUUCGAGGAAGACAAUAAUGUGUUAGUGGUGUCCAUUCUCGUCAUGUUUUUUGUAGCAUUUACUGUAUCAGAUUGCGCAAUAUCUUGCAGAUGUUCCUUGUCUCGUGUCAAUUGUCGUAGUCUAAGCUAAAAAGAAUCUCAACUGUAUGAAUUAUUUAUAUUCAGAACUGCUCCAGUUUUCCUAUUUUUAAAGAUAUUAAUGUCUUGUUUUAAAAAUUAUAUCAACUUUUAAUUAUGACCUCAUUACGCUUGAUUAUGCUCACUUUUUCUGUUGUCCAAUGAUCAAGGUAUAUAAUUUUGAAUGAAGUGAAUUUAAGUCUUUAGAGUAAAAACCGUAACUUGAAAGUACUUAAUGGGUACCAAUGUUAAUGUAUGACCUUAAUAAUGUUCAAUAGGUUUUAUAUAUCUCAAGAUAUUCGAUAAAGCUUUCAUUAGGUGCGAUAAUUGAUAAUCUAGAUAAAUUUAAAUAAUUCUGAAACUCAUUUUUACUAAAAUACUUGCCCAAAGAUAUAACGAUAUUUUAGUUGAACAAUAAAAACACUAAUAUCAAAACCAUCACUGAAAAUGCUUUUCUAGAGCCACUAAUAGAUAAUUAACAUGUUAUGUGUUUCAUUUUAGGACUAAUGUACUCACUGGUCUGAAAUAAAUGUUUACCAAAUAAUACAAGAAUUAAAAUGGAUUUUACGGGUUU